ACGGUACUUGUGCAUCGUUAUGGGAAAUUUCUGGUCAAAUGAUCAUAUUCUCAACGACGAACUACUUCAUACUUAUAUGGACCUAACGUAUUUGGGAAAAGGAGAAAUACAACACAUUGUCAAGCUUCUGGACGACUUGGAUCCGGGAAAACUUCGUGAGAAUCUCCACCAUCGUUUCACCGUAGAACAAGUCGAAAUAAUACUACCACAAAUUCGAUGUAGCCCAUUUCAUGACGCCAUAUACCGAGUGUUUUCUUCGCAAAAGGACGAUCAUUUAAGCCUAGAGGACAUUCUGGAUUUAUGCUCGAUCUUCUCGCUAAAUUGCCCUAAAGAAGUUCGUGCAUCCUGGGCCUUUUACGUUUUUGACUUCGACGGCGACAAUCAAAUCUCACUGGCCGAUUUGAUGGAAGCUGUGCGCAGACUGACAUGGAACGAUCAGGACGAACAUAAAAGCAUUGAUAUGACUGAGGCGGAACACGUCGCGCGAAUGGUACUUCAAGAGAUGGUUUUUAAUCAACAGGCAAGCAUUUCGCCCGAAGAAUUUGUACGUUUCUGUUCAAGAGUUUCAGUAUUUUCGUCAGCAUUUAAAUUCAGAAUUUAA